GCAGCCUGCGCAAUCACUUGGAGCGAUGAUGGUACAACUGUAUACACCGGACUCCAUACCUACGUUGGCCCGUCCCUCCCGCAUCGCAGGUAGCAACAAUACACUCGUACACUGCCUCUAACCCCCCGGUCUUCUCUACAGCCUGCCAGCGCUCCUCCUCCACCUUUUGAACCUCUCCGAACGGGCGGUGCCAGUGACUGUUGCAUUGUGACAACAUGGGCUCAACAGUGGACAUUGCAUCCUCAUUCAUCGAAGGCGCCCCGCCAGGCGAAUUACACGAAGUCGUCAAGGACAUCAAGACGCUCACUUCGGACGACGACCCCGCGCUGAUUGCGAAGCUGAAACCGGCGUUUCAACGAUACAAUGAAGAGCAACUUGUUGCGGUCAAGUUGCCUGGUUCGAAUGAUUAUGUCUUAAUAUCGAAAUACAAUAAACUCCCAUCCUCCUCGUCCUCAUACUACGACACCCGGACCUCAAAAUCAUUCGACUUCGACCACACCACCAGCAUAGCGAGCAACGUCCAGUCAUACUCCCAUGAAACCCAACACGGCUCCCUAAUCCAAUCCCUCCUCCAAUCCCUCUCGGGCUCCUUCGCAGACCACUACCCUCCCACCACAGCAGCAGCAUACACGGUAUGCGAGGUUCCCAACAACACCAACCAAAUCGCCAUAUUGCUAUCGACCACCAAAGCCUCACCCAAAAACUUUCUCUCUGGCCGCUGGCGGAGCGUGUUUUUGUACGACACUACAGACUCUACACUCAGCGGCGAGAUCAAAGUUGAUGUGCAUUACUAUGAAGAUGGAAACGUGGCGCUGUCGACGGCCAAGAAAUUCGACGCCGUGUCUGUGUCCGGAAACAAUCCAGAUGCAGAUACAAUCGUGCGCAAGAUCACCGUAACAGAAAACCAGUAUCAGGAAGAAGUCAAUCGGGCGUUUGUGGGUAUGAACGAGACGAGUUUUCGACAUUUGAGGAGACAGUUGCCGGUUACGAGACAGAAGGUCGAGUGGGAGAAGGUUAAGGGGUAUUCGUUGGGAAGUGAUUUGAAGGGAGAGGCUAAGCGGUGAGGUUGGUACUAGUAACCUCCGGGUUCUGGAAGCGGAUCAAGCAUGAUAUCUUUCGUGUCGGUGUCGUCGCGUGGUGCCAUGGCAUGGAUAAGAAAACAUUUGCACUCCUUGGUUGGGAAGCGAAAGUGGAAACGCGGACGGUCGUUGCAGUCAGUCAUGUUCACGUUGACCUCGUACUACUGGUACUGCUGGAGCCAACUGGUCUCGACGGCCUCAGACCAGUUGGCUCCAGCAGUACUUUUUCUGAGAGUCGGCUGAAAGAUGAGCCACCUCCUGGAAGAAUUGGAAUGGGUCAACGAUUAUGAGCAUGAGCCUCGACCCGACUAAAAGCACAAUAACCUAACAGGACUAGACGUAAGCACUGAAAAGGUAUUUUAGAGGACAGAAUCCAUCCUUGAAAGCAAGUCGUGAUUACACAUGUGCCACUGCAUACCCACCAAAUAGCUACUAGUAGCUCCGGAUUUUGUUUUCACCCUCCAUUUUGUCCCUUGGUCGAAAAACGUGGUACAAUAAUGUAAAGAUCUCAUCAUGGCAAACG